AUGACGGAGAUGCAUCAGCCCUCAUUAUACCAUAGGGAGCUGGAGGAGGAGGGGAGGAGGGGAUGGGGUGGGGGAGGAGUGGAGGAGGAGGGGAUGGGGUGGGGGUGAAGAGGAGGAGUGGAGGAGGAGGGGAAGAGUAGGGGUGGAGGAGGAGUGAGGAGAGGAGGGGCAGCCAGAGAAUAGGCACCUCUGUGGGGACUUCAUUGUAGAUGAACUACUGGGUCGUGGAGCUGUUGUGGAGUUCUCUCUCUGGGUCCCAAUUGGCUCCCUAUAUAGUGCACUACUUUUAACCAGGGCCCAUAGGUCUGAUCUAAAGUAGUGCUCUAUGAAGGGAAUGGGGUGCCAUUUGGGACGUAGUCAGUCUUUCUGCAGCCCCAGGCCAGAUGGAGAGCACUGCAGCGUUCAUGGCAAUUACAUAACCGUGUCUCUCUCUCUCUCUGCUGUUCUUUCUGACUGCCCUCCUCCCCCCUGUUGGUUCGUCCCUCCAUUCUGCAGCAGUGUUUCCACAGCUCUUCAGUCAUUCAUUUAUGCAUACCUCCAUCUCCCUCCCCCUGUCUCUCCCUCCCCUCUUCCUCCUCCUGCCUCUCUCUCCCUCCCCUCUCCUGUCUCUAAGGCCACACAGGUUAGUAGUAGUAGUAGUAGUAGUAGUAGUAGUAGUAGUAGUAGUAGUAGUAGUAGUAGUAGUAGUAGUAGUAGUAGUAGUAGUAGUAGUAGUAGUAGUAGUAGUAGUAGUAGUAGUAGUAGUAGUAGUAUAGUAGUAGUAGUAGUAGUAGUAGUAGUAGUAGUAGUAGUAGUAGUAGUAGUAGUAGUAGUAGUAGUAGUAGUAGUAGUAGUAGUAGUAGUAGUAGUAGUAGUAGUAUUAGUAGUAGUAGUAGUUAGUAGUAGUAGUAGUAGUAGUAGUAGUAGUAGUAGUAGUAGUAGUAGUAGUAGUAGUAGUAGUAGUAGUAGUAGUAGUAGUAGUAGUAGUAGUAGUAGUAGUAGUAGUAGUAGUAGUAGUAGUAGUAGUAGUAGUUAGUGUAGUAGUAGUAGUAGUAGUAGUAGUAGUAGUAGUAGUAGUAGUAGUAGUAGUAGUAGUAGUAGUAGUAUUAGUAGUAGUUAGUAGUAGUGUAGUAGUAGUAGUAGUAGUAGUAGUAGUAGUAGUAGUAGUAGUAGUAGUAGUAGUAGUAGUAGUAGUAGUAGUAGUAGUAGUAGUAGUAGUAGUAGUAGUAGUAGUAGUAGUAGUAGUAGUAGUAGUAGUCGUAGUAGUAGUAGUAGUAGUAGUAGUAGUAGUAGUAGUAGUCGUAGUAGUAGUAGUAGUAGUAGUAGUAGUAGUAGUAGUAGUAGUAGUAGUAGUAGUAGUCUAGUCAGUAGUAGUAGUAGUGUAGUAGUGUACGUCAGAGUGUAGUAGUCGUGUCGUCUGUCUAGUAGUGUCAGUGGCUUAGUAGAGGGGUCUUCGUGGGUCUUAGCCAGGAGUGCUAGUAGUAGUAGUCUGCUCUCAUGUGUAGUUCUAACGCCAGUGUAGUAGUAGUCGUGUCUAUGCUCUAAGGUCCAGGAUGCUAGUAGAGUGCUCUCUCUGGGUCUCUAAGGCCAGGUGGUAGUAGAGGUGUCUUCUGGGUCUCUAAGGCCAGGUGGCUAGUAGAGGGCUCUCUGGUCUCUAAGGCCAGGAUGGCUAGUAGAGGUGCUCUCUCUGGGUCUCUAAGGCCAGGAUGGCUAGUAGAGGUGCUGUCUCUGGGUCUCUAAGGCCAGGAUGGCUAGUAGAGGUGCUCUCUCUGGGUCUCUAAGGCCAGGUGGCUAGUAGGGUGUCUUCUGGGUUCUAAGGCCAGGGUGGCUAGUAGAGGUGGUCUCUCUGGGUCUCUAAGGCCAGGGUGGCUAGUAGAGGUGGUCUGUCUGGGUCUCUAAGGCCAGGGUGGCUAGUAGAGGUGGUCUCUACGGCCAGGGUGGCUAGUAGAGGUGGUCUGUCUGGGUCUCUAAGUAGACUAGUAGAAACCUAGACCCAGUCCAGAGGUAUUCAGCUGUAGUCUAAACCUAGACCCAGUCCAGAGGUAUUCAGCUGUAGUCUAAACCUAGACCCAGUCCAGAGGUAUUCAGCUGUAGUCUAAACCUAGACCCAGUCCAGAGGUAUUCAGCUGUAGUCUAAACCUAGACCCAGUCCAGAGGUAUUCAGCUGUAGUCUAAACCUAGACCCAGUCCAUAGGUAUUCAGCUGUAGUCUAAACCUAGACCCAUUCCAGAGGUAUUCAGCUGUAGUCUAAACCUAGACCCAGUCCAGAGGUAUUCAGCUGUAGUCUAGACCUAGACCCAGUCCAGAGGUAUUCAGCUGUAGUCUAGACCCAGUCCAGAGCUUAAAUAAAUCAUUCUAUCUACAAUUAUUAUGACGUUUCACAUUCUUAAAAAUAAAGUGGUGAUCCCAACUGACCUAAGACACAGGGAAUUUUUACUAGGAUUAAAUGUCAGGAAUUGUGAAAAACUGAGUUUAAAUGUAUUUGGCUAAGGUGUAUGUAAACUUCCAACCUCAACUGUAUGUCUGCUAUUGUAAGUCUCUCUGGAUAAGAGGGUCUGCUAAAUGACUCACUACUGUAAGUCUCUCUGGAUAAGAGCGUCUGCUAAAUGACUCACUACUGUAAGUCUCUCUGGAUAAGAGCGUCUGCUAAAUGACUCACUACUGUAAGUCUCUCUGGAUAAGAGCGUCUGCUAAAUGACUCACUACUGUAAGUCUCUCUGGAUAAGAGCGUCUGCUAAAUGACACACUACUGUAAGUCUCUCUGGAUAAGAGCGUCUGCUAAAUGACUCACUACCGUAAGUCUCUCUGGAUAAGAGCGUCUGCUAAAUGACUCACUACUGAAAGUCUCUCUGGAUAAGAGUGUCUGCUAAAUGACUCACUACUGUAAGUCUCUCUGGAUAAGAGCGUCUGCUAAAUGACUCACUACUGUAAGUCUCUCUGGAUAAGAGCGUCUGCUAAAUGACUCACUACUGUAAGUCUCUCUGGAUAAGAGCGUCUGCUAAAUGACUCACUACUGUAAGUCUCUCUGGAUAAGAGCGUCUGCUAAAUGACUCACUACUGUAAGUCUCUCUGGAUAAGAGCGUCUGCUAAAUGACUCACUACUGUAAGUCUCUCUGGAUAAGAGUGUCUGCUAAAUGACUCACUACUGUAAGUCUCUCUGGAUAAGAGCGUCUGCUAAAUGACUCACUACUGUAAGUCUCUCUGGAUAAGAGCGUCUGCUAAAUGACUCACUACUGUAAGUCUCUCUGGAUAAGAGCGUCUGCUAAAUGACUCACUACUGUAAGUCUCUCUGGAUAAGAGCGUCUGCUAAAUGACUCACUACUGUAAGUCUCUCUGGAUAAGAGCGUCUGCUAAAUGACUCUCUACUGUAAGUCUCUCUGGAUAAGAGGGUCUGCUAAAUGACACUCUACUGUAAGUCUCUCUGGAUAAGAGGGUCUGCUAAAUGACUCUCUACUGUAAGUCUCUCUGGAUAAGAGCGUCUGCUAAAUGACUCUCUACUGUAAGUCUCUCUGGAUAAGAGGGUCUGCUAAAUGACUCUCUACUGUAAGUCUCUCUGGAUAAGAGCGUCUGCUAAAUGACUCACUACUGUAAGUCUCUCUGGAUAAGAGCGUCUGCUAAAUGACUAAAAUGUAAAUGUGGUAGCAGUCUACACACAGGUGUCUAUAGAACAGCAGUAGUCAGAGGUUCUGUGGGAGCUACCGUGAAGCGUUGUCAUAAAUAAAUAAAAAGUUGGAUGUAAGAUGAGUUCAGUUCCCUGCAAGAAAAUAACUUGAGGAGUGGAUGACAUGAAUAUUUUGAUAGCCUACAGUACCAGUCAAAAGUUUGGACACACCUACUCAUUCAAGGGUUUUUAUUUAUUGUCUACAUUGUAGAAUAAUAGUGAAGACAUCAAAACUAUAAAAUAACACACGUGGAAUCAUGUAGUAACCAAAAAAGUUACUACAUAAACAAAUCAAAAUAUAUUUCAGAUUCUUCAAAUAGCCACCCUUUGCCUUGAUGACAGCUUUUCACACUCUUGUCAUUCUCUCAAGCAGCUUCAUGAGGAAUGAUUUUCCAACCGUCUUGAAGGAGUUCCCACAUAUGCUGAGCACUUGGCUGCUUUUCCUUCACUCUGCGGUCCAACUCAUCCCAAACCAUCUCAAUUGGGUUGAGGUCGGGUGAUUGUGGAGGCCAGGUCAUCUGAUGCAGCACUCAUCACUCUCGUUUAUGGUCAAAUAGCCCUUACACAGCCUGGAGGUGUGCAAAGCACCAUCACACCACCUCCGUGCUUCACGGUGGGAUCCACACAUGCGGAGAUCAUCCGUUCACCCACACCGCGUCUCACAAAGAGGCGGCGGUUGGAACCAAAAAUCUCACAUUUUGGAGUCAUCAGACCAAAGGACAGAUUUCCACCGGUCUAAUGUCCAUUGCUCAUGUUUCUUGGCCCAAGCAAGUCUCUUCUUAUUGGUGUCCUUUUUAGUAGUGAUUUUUUUGCAGCAAUUCGACCAUGAAGGCCUGAUUCACACAGUCUCCUCUGAGCAGUUGAUGUUGAGAUGUGUCUGUUACUUGAACUCUGAAGCAUUUAUUUUGGCUGCAAUCUGAUGUGCAGUUAGUGGGCUCCAAAAUUACUGGCACACCUGACUGGCAAUGCACAAACCAAUACUUUAUCAUUAUAUUGUUUAUUUUUUAGAGAAACUCAACGUGAGAAAUACUGUACUAUAUUAAUGUUCCAAUGGAACCUACAAAAAUCAUUUAUUGAUUUAAUUAAAAAUCAAUGUCCUCCAAAUCAAGGUUUCACAAUUAAUGGCACCUUUUUUAAAGUUUAUUGUAAAUAACAUCUACCAAAAUUAAACCAGGAAUUAAAUUACACUUAAGUUUAUCUAAAUCUUAUGGAACUAUAUUGAGCCAUUACAUCACUUCCUGUUUCACAAGGGUAUAAAAAAUGAGGUAACACGCAUACACUAUCCCUUUGUCAUCCAACACCAUGAAGAAAACAUAAGACCUGGCAGUUCAAAAGAGACAGAUGGUUGUAGACCUUCAUACAUCUGAUCAUGGCUACAAGAAGAUCCACAAACGAUUGAAUAUACGAAUUAUAUUAUUAUUUUUAUUUAUUUUUUAAAAGAUAUGGAACAGUUGAAAACCUCAAGGGUAGAGGAAGCAAAUGCAUUUUGCCGCCCAGGGUAGGGAGGAGGACGGUGAGAGAAGCAACAAAAUCCCCAUGAAUUGCAGGCCCUGGUGGCGUCUUGGGGUCACCAGGUUUCAAAAAGCACCAUCAGACGCCGCCACCACCACAACCACAGGCUCUUUUGGAAGGGUUGCCAGAAGAAAGCCCUUUCUUGACCCCAAGACACAGACGCUUGGAGUUUGCCAAACGUCAUUUAAAUUAUGACUGGAAGAAGGUGCUCUGGUCAGAUGAGACCAAAAUUGAACGUUUUGGUCAGAUACAGCAUCGGCAUGCAAGGAGAGGCACCUCAUACCCACGGUGAAAUAUGAUGGUGGGUCCAGUGAUGUUCUGGGGCUGUUUUAAUUCCAGAGGUCCAGGGGCACUGGUUAAGAUUUGAUGGCGUAAUGAAUUCCAACAAGUAUCAGGCCAUUUCGGCUGACAAUCUGGUUGCCUCUGCCAGAAGGCUGGGACUUGGCCGUAGUUGGACUUUCCAACAAGACAAUGACCCAAAACAUACCUCAAGAUCCACACAGAAAUGGUUCUGUGACAACAAAAUCGAUGUUCUGCCAUGGCCAUCUCAGUCGCCGGACCUCAAUCCAAUCGAAAAUCUGUGAGCUGAGUUGAAGAGGGCAGUUGAUAAGCGCAAACCCAAGAAUGUGAAGGAUCUUGAAAGGAUCUGCAUAGAGGGAAUGGUCCAAAAUCCCUCCCAAAUGUGUUCCUUAACCUUUUUAAACAUUACAGGAAAAGACUCCAUGCUGUUAUCCUUGCCAGAGGUGGUUGCACUAAGUACUAAAUGAGGAGUGCCAAUAAUUAUGAAACCCAUGAUUUUGGUUGGUUCCAUUGAAACAUUUAAUAAAGUACAGUGUUUCUCUAUAAUUAUAUUGUUUUAUAUUUUUUAAAGUAUUGUUUGUGCAUUGCCAGUCGGGGGUACCAGUAAUUUUGGUGCCCACUGUAACUCUAAUGAACUUAUCCUCUGCAGCAGAGGUAACUCUGGGUCUUCCAUUCCUGUGGUGGUCCUCAUGAGAGCCAGUUUCAUCGUAGCGCUUGAUGGUUUUUGUGACUGCACUUGAAGAAACUCAAAGUUCUUGACAUUUUCCGGAUUGAAUUAUCUUCAUGGCUGAAAGUAAUGAUGGACUGUCGUUUCUCGUUGCUUGUUUGAGCUGUUCGUGCCAUAAUAUGGACUUGGUCUUUCUUCUGUAUACCCCCCCCCUACCUUGUCACAACACAGCUGAUUGGCUCAAACGCAUUAAGAAGGAAAGAAAUACCACAAAUUAAGUUAAGGCACACCUGUUAAUUGAAAUGCAUUCCAGGUGACUACCUCAUGAAGCUGGUUGAGAGAGUGCCAAAGCUGUCUUCAAGGCAGAGGGUGGCUACUUUGAAGAAUCUCAAAUAUAAAAUAUAUUUUGAUUUAACUGUUUUUUUGGUUGUAGAAAAUAGUAAAAAUAAAGAAAAACCCUUGAAUGAGUAGGUGUGUCCAAACCUUUGACUGGUAUUGUAUAUAAACCGUCUCUCUCUCUCUGUCUCUGCCCUCUGUCUCAUCUCUCUCUCUCUCUCUCUCUCUCUCUCUCCUUUCCUCCAUCCAGGUUUGAACACUCUAAAGAAGACAUGCCUGGGCCCAAGCAGACGCUGCCGCCCUCUGCCUCCGCCUGCACCCCUCCCUCCCUCAGCGCUCCAGCCCCUCUGCCCAAUGGACCAGGGGCUGGUGAGUCAGCAGAUGGCCCAGAGAACCCCCAUGGAUCAGGGGCAGGGGACUGGGUUAUGGCAGCAGAGUUUGUGCCAGGCCAGCCCUACUACUGGGGACGGGGUGAGUGUGUGUGUGUGUGUGUAUAGGAAGCUUAUGAUUGAGCCUACUUGUACAUAAUUACACAAGUGCCUUUAAAAAACGUAUAACACGUACUGAUAGCAAGGUGCAGCCUGUGUCCAAAACAUUGCAUCUUGUCUGGUUCAGUUAUUCAACGCGAUGGUCUUUACCACGUCCUGAUUAUCACACUGGCUGCUCAUCAUUCAGUCCCCAGGAGACUAAAGCUCCUCCCAACCCUAUCACACUGGCUGCUCAUCAUUCAGUCCCCAGGAGACUAAAGCUCCUCCCAACCCCAUCACACUGGCUGGCUGCUCAUCAUUCAGUCCCCAGGAGACUAAAGCUCCUCCCAACCCUAUCAACACUGGCUGCUCAUCAUUCAGUCCCCAGGAGACUAAAGCUCCUCCCAACCCCAUCACACUGGCUGGCUGCUCAUCAUUCAGUCCCCAGGAGACUAAAGCUCCUCCCAACCCUAUCACACUGGCUGCUCAUCAUUCAGUCCCCAGGAGACUAAAGCUCCUCUCAACCCUAUCACACUGGCUGCUCAUCAUUCAGUCCCCAGGAGACUAAAGCUCCUCCCAACCCUAUCACACUGGCUGCUCAUCAUUCAGUCCCCAGGAGACUAAAGCUCCUCCCAACCCCAUCACACUGGCUGCUCAUCAUUCAGUCCCCAGGAGACUAAAGCUCCUCCCAACCCCAUCACACUGGCUGCUCAUCAUUCAGUCCCCAGGAGACUAAAGCUCCUCCCAACCCUAUCACACUGGCUGCUCAUCAUUCAGUCCCCAGGAGACUAAAGCUCCUCCCAACCCUAUCACACUGGCUGCUCAUCAUUCAGUCCCCAGGAGACUAAAGCUCCUCCCAACCCUAUCACACUGGCUCUCAUCAUUCAGUCCCCAGGAGACUAAAGCUCCUCCCAACCCCCAUCACACUGGCUGCUCAUCAUUCAGUCCCCAGGAGACUAAAGCUCCUCCCAACCCUAUCACACUGGCUGCCCAUCAUUCAGUCCCCAGGAGACUAAAGCUCCUCCCAACCCCAUCACACUGGCUGCUCAUCAUUCAGUCCCCAGGAGACUAAAGCUCCUCUCAACCCCAUCACACUGGCUGCUCAUCAUUCAGUCCCCAGGAGACUAAAGCUCCUCUCAACCCUAUCACACUGGCUGCUCAUCAUUCAGUCCCCAGGAGACUAAAGCUCCUCCCAACCCUAUCACACUGGCUGCUCAUCAUUCAGUCCCCAGGAGACUAAAGCUCCUCCCAACCCCAUCACACUGGCUGCUCAUCAUUCAGUCCCCAGGAGACUAAAGCUCCUCCCAACCCUAUCACACUGGCUGCUCAUCAUUCAGUCCCCAGGAGACUAAAGCUCCUCCCAACCCUAUCACACUGGCUGCUCAUCAUUCAGUCCCCAGGAGACUAAAGCUCCUCCCAACCCUAUCACACUGGCUGCCCAUCAUUCAGUCCCCAGGAGACUAAAGCUCCUCCCAACCCUAUCACACUGGCUGCCCAUCAUUCAGUCCCCAGGAGACUAAAGCUCCUCCCAACCCUAUCACACUGGCUGCUCAUCAUUCAGUCCCCAGGAGACUAAAGCUCCUCCCAACCCUAUCACACUGGCUGCCCAUCAUUCAGUCCCCAGGAGACUAAAGCUCCUCCCAACCCUAUCACACUGGCUGCUCAUCAUUCAGUCCCCAGGAGACUAAAGCUCCUCCCAACCCUAUCACACUGGCUGCUCAUCAUUCAGUCCCCAGGAGACUAAAGCUCCUCCCAACCCCAUCACACUGGCUGCUCAUCAUUCAGUCCCCAGGAGACUAAAGCUCCUCCCAACCCUAUCACACUGGCUGCUCAUCAUUCAGUCCCCAGGAGACUAAAGCUCCUCCCAACCCUAUCACACUGGCUGCCCAUCAUUCAGUCCCCAGGAGACUAAAGCUCCUCCCAACCCUAUCACACUGGCUGCCCAUCAUUCAGUCCCCAGGAGACUAAAGCUCCUCCCAACCCUAUCACACUGGCUGCUCAUCAUUCAGUCCCCAGGAGACUAAGCUCCUCCCAACCCUAUCACACUGGCUGCUCAUCAUUCAGUCCCCAGGAGACUAAAGCUCCUCCCAACCCCAUCACACUGGCUGCUCAUCAUUCAGUCCCCAGGAGACUAAAGCUCCUCCCAACCCUAUCACACUGGCUGCUCAUCAUUCAGUCCCCAGGAGACUAAAGCUCCUCCCAACCCUAUCACACUGGCUGCUCAUCAUUCAGUCCCCAGGAGACUAAAGCUCCUCCCAACCCUAUCACACUGGCUGCCCAUCAUUCAGUCCCCAGGAGACUAAAGCUCCUCCCAACCCUAUCACACUGGCUGCCCAUCAUUCAGUCCCCAGGAGACUAAAGCUCCUCCCAACCCUAUCACACUGGCUGCUCAUCAUUCAGUCCCCAGGAGACUAAAGCCCCUCCCAACCCUAUCACACUGGCUGCUCAUCAUUCAGUCCCCAGGAGACUAAAGCUCCUCCCAACCCUAUCACACUGGCUGCUCAUCAUUCAGUCCCCAGGAGACUAAAGCUCCUCCCAACCCUAUCACACUGGCUGCUCAUCAUUCAGUCCCCAGGAGACUAAAGCUCCUCCCAACCCCAUCACACUGGCUGCUCAUCAUUCAGUCCCCAGGAGACUAAAGCUCCUCCCAACCCUAUCACACUGGCUGUCUUUAUUCAGUCCCCAGGAGACUAAAGCUCCUCCCAACCCUAUCACACUGGCUGUCUUUAUUCAGUCCCCAGGAGACUAAAGCUCCUCUCAACCCCAUCACACUGGCUGCCCAUCAUUCAGUCCCCAGGAGACUAAAGCUCCUCCCAACCCUAUCACACUGGCUGCUCAUCAUUCAGUCCCCAGGAGACUAAAGCUCCUCCCAACCCUAUCACACUGGCUGCCCAUCAUUCAGUCCCCAGGCAGCUAAAGCUCCUCCCAACCCUAUCACACUGGCUGCUCAUCAUUCAGUCCCCAGGAGACUAAAGCUCCUCCCAACCCUAUCACACUGGCUGCUCAUCAUUCAGUCCCCAGGAGACUAAAGCUCCUCCCAACCCCAUCACACUGGCUGCUCAUCAUUCAGUCCCCAGGAGACUAAAGCUCCUCCCAACCCUAUCACACUGGCUGUCUUUAUUCAGUCCCCAGGAGACUAAAGCUCCUCCCAACCCCAGAGACAUGUUGUCUCCCUGUGAUCUCCGGGGAAGUAGUAUGAGGUUUGCGAGCACCAACCUUUCAGCUGAAACUCCUCAUCAAUAAAGUGUACUGUCAAACUAAUGUAGGGAACCAACUAGGCACCACGCCAGGGGGUGCGUUCAGUUCACUUGAAGGUUUACUACGUCGUUGGAACGGUUUGUACUGAACGACAGCACCGUUUUCCGUUCAGUUGAAUGUUUUUAUGUACUGAACGCAGCCUUGACCCUCUGAGCUAAUUGAUCAGUUCAGUGAUUGCCUAAAUCCAACACACCUGGUCUUCCAGGUCCGUUUUAAAUUAAAAACCAGGAAGUUCCUGCAUCAUUCCAGGACCAGGGUUGUCUAGUCCUGUCCUGGACCAAAGGUCUGUUGUGGCAAUAUUGAUCAUGUUUGAGCUCUGUUUUCAACUUUUUUUUGUUAACGUUGGGAUGGCGACUUGGGAGAAAUGGGCUCUGUGCGAGAUGGAACGUUGUAUCACCUGACCCAGCUUGUUUGUCAUCUUCUUGAAGCCGUCUUUGCUGACAGUGUAAAUAGGAACCAUGUCUUUGGCUAUGUGAUAGGGUGAUAGACUCUCUGUUAUUUUUCUGUGUCUGCAGGAUGUUUUUUUUGUAGGGCAUUACACUUGAAAGCGCAUCGGCAAUCAAUGCCUGUUUUAACGUAGGUGGCUGGCUGUGGCCGAGGGGCUUUGCUGCGGUCUGUCGCCGUAAAGUAGGGAAUGGUUCUUCUUCAAAUCAUUGAAUCCAUUUGUCGUAUUGCUUCUUGUUGUUGCCGCAACUGAAGCACUUGCAUUUGGUUAACAUCGGUUUGCCUGUAGCCGAAAUACUGCCAUACCACUGAAGAUGUGUUGAAAUACUGCCAUACCUCUGAAGAUGUGUUGAAAUACUGCCAUACCACUGAAGAUGUGCCGAAAUACUGCCAUACCACUGAAGAUGUGCCGAAAUACUGCCAUACCUCUGAAGAUGUGCCGAAAUACUGCCAUACCACUGAAGAUACGCUGAAAUACUGCCAUACCUCUGAAGAUACGCUGAAAUACUGCCAUACCUCUGAAGAUGUGCCGAAAUACUGCCAUACCACUGAAGAUACGCUGAAAUACUGCCAUACCUCUGAAGAUACGCUGAAAUACUGCCAUACCUCUGAAGAUGUGCCGAAAUACUGCCAUACCACUGAAGAUGCGCUGAAAUACUGCCAUACCACUGAAGAUACGCUGAAAUACUGCCAUACCUCUGAAGAUGUGUUGAAAUACUGCCAUACCUCUGAAGAUACACUGAAAUACUGCCAUACCACUGAAGAUGAGCUGAAAUACUGCCAUACCACUGAAGAUGAGCUGAAAUACUGCCAUACCUCUGAAGAUGUGCUGAAAUACUGCCAUACCUCUAAAGAUGCACCCUUCUUUGGCACCAAAUAGACGUUCUCAUUAACACUAUUAGCAGUCCUCACAGACACGGAGGGUCACCUUUCAGUCCUCACAGACACGGAGGGUCACCUUUCAGUCCUCACAGACACGGAGGGUCACCUUUCAGUCCUCACAGACACGGAGGGUCACCUUUCAGUCCUCACAGACACGGAGGGUCACCUUUCAGUCCUCACAGACACGGAGGGUCACCUUUCAGUCCUCACAGACACGGAGGGUCACCUUUCAGUCCUCACAGACACGGAGGGUCACCUUUCAGUCCUCACAGACACGGAGGGUCACCUUUCAGUCCUCACAGACACGGAGGGUCACCUUUCAGUCCUCACAGACACGGAGGGUCACCUUUCAGUCCUCACAGACACGGAGGGUCACCUUUCAGUCCUCACAGACACGGAGGGUCACCUUUCAGUCCUCACAGACACGGAGGGUCACCUUUCAGUCCUCACAGACACGGAGGGUCACCUUUCAGUCCUCACAGACACGGAGGGUCACCUUUCAGUCCUCACAGACACGGAGGGUCACCUUUCAGUCCUCACAGACACGGAGGGUCACCUUUUCAGUCCUGACCAGCAUCUAACUGCACGCUCUAAGCGGGAACGCUUGUGAUUGGCCAACAUGUGCAUGCCAUGCAGAGAGUGAGAGCCCGCUUGUGAUUGGUCAGCAUCCUCUGUGCAGGUAGAGAGUGAAUCAACGGAGUCUAACGCAUCUCAUUGGAGGAGGUCCCAUAGUCUAGUUUUUUUGUAGUAUUAAUGGAGUGUCAAAGAAUAUUGAUUGCACAUAUAUUGCAAUUUUGAUCAUGGAUAGAGCAGGUGUUCCUAAUGUUUUUGUACACUUAGUGCCAUUUGGGACUCAGAUGGUGUCCUUAGGCUAGCCCAACUGCGGACAGGGUGAGUUUGUGCCAGCCUGCCAGGUGGUAUCCUUAGCUUGCGGUUAGGGUGAGUGAGUGUCCAGAGCCACUGAUAUGCCAACGGUGCCAGUCGCUGCCAACUUCUGCCACGUGGCCAGACACAGUGUGAAAGAAAAGGCUUUUUCUGGGAUGAUUUUGAAUGUAGCGGUCUUCCUGUCUGUCCCUCUGUCUCCCUAUGGGGUGGACUUGAUGUACUGUAGCGGUCUUCCUGUCUGUCCCUCUGUCUCCCUAUGGGGUGGACUGAUGUACUGUAGCGGUCUUCCUGUCUGUCCCUCUGUCUCCCUAUGGGGUGGACUUGAUGUACUGUAGCGGUCUUCCUGUCUGUCCCUCUGUCUCCCAUGGGGUGGACUUGAUGUACUGUAGCGGUCUUCCUGUCUGUCCCUCUGUCUCCCUAUGGGGUGGACUUGAUGUACUGUAGCGGUCUUCCUGUCUGUCCCUCUGUCUCCCUAUGGGGUGGACUUGAUGUACUGUAGCGGUCUUCCUGUCUGUCCCUCUGUCUCCCUAUGGGGUGGACUUGAUGUACUGUAGCGGUCUUCCUGUCUCCCUAUGGGGUGGACUUGAUGUACUGUAGCGGUCUUCCUGUCUGUCCCUCUGUCUCCCUAUGGGGUGGACUUGAUGUACUGUAGCGGUCUUCCUGUCUGUCCCUCUGUCUCCCUAUAGGGUGGACUUGAUGUACUGUAGCGGUCUUCCUGUCUCCUAUAGGGUGGACUUGAUGUACUGUAGCGGUCUUCCUGUCUGUCCCUCUGUCUCCCUAUGGGGUGGACUUGAUGUACUGUAGCGGUCUUUCUGUCUGUCCCUCUGUCUCCCCAUGGGUGGACUUGAUGUACUGUAGCGGUCUUCCUGUCUGUCCCUUGUCUCCCCCUAUGGGGUGGACUUGAUGUACUGUAGCGGUCUUCCUGUCUGCCCCUCUGUCUCCCUAUGGGGUGUGUAACUUUGUGUAGACUGUAGUGCGGUCUUCCUGUCUGUCCCUCUGUCUCCCAUGGGGUGGACUUGAUGUACUGUAGCGGUCUUCCUGUCUGUGUCCCUCUGUCUCCCUAUAGGGUGGACUUGAUGUACUGUAGCGGUCUUCCUGUCUGUCCCUCUGUCUCCCUAUGGGGUGGACUUGAUGUACUGUAGCGGUCUUCCUGUCUCCCUAUGGGGUGGACUUGAUGUACUGUAAGUGACCGAAGUCAAUAAGACACAGCCACUUCAUGUAGCAGCUAUAGUUCCUACAAGCUCAUUAAAUCUGCCAAUACUAACUCGUUUCCGAUGAUAUACUCCCAGUGAAGUCCAAAAUAAAAUAUUGUCCAAUGUUGAAAAAUAAUUCUGGUGUGGCCAGCUACUGUAUGGGAGUUAGUGGAAUGUUGAAAGAUGUUGACUGCCACGUUGACUGCCAAUGUGUUGACUGCCCAUCAACCUGUAUUAUUCUGUGUCUGAGCCCUAACAGCGUUGUCUAUCCCCUGGUCAGAGACCCCCUGUAGAUGCUCUGGUUGUUACAAGUAGACAGCAUUUUCAUCUAGCAUCCUCAGUGACCUCAACCACAGAAUAGCCCAGCACAGAGCUGCUCAACCACAGAGUAGCCCAGUACAGAGCUGCUCAACCACAGAGUAGCCCAGUACAGAGCUGCUCAACCACAGAGUAGCCCAGGACAGAGCUGCUCAACCACAGAGUAGCCCAGGACAGAGCUGCUCAACCACAGAGUAGCCCCGUACAGAGCUGCUCAACCACAGAGUAGCCCCGUACAGAGCUGCUCAACCACAGAGUAGCCCCGUACAGAGCUGCUCAACCACAGAGUAGCCCAGGACAGAGCUGCUCAACCACAGAGUAGCCCAGUACAGAGCUGCUCAACCACAGAGUAGCCCCGUACAGAGCUGCUCAACCACAGAGUAGCCCAGUACAGAGCUGCUCAACCACAGAGUAGCCCAGUACAGAGCUGCUCAACCACAGAGUAGCCCAGUACAGAGCUGCUCAACCACAGAGUAGGCCAAAGGCACUAUAUAGGAAAUGGGGUGCCAUUUGGGAAUACACAGCAUCCCCUUUCUGUUUGGCUGCUCCCCAAUCCAGUCUCUCACUGAACAGGUGCCUUUGUCUUGUAGAGUAGAGUAGAGUAGGGUAGGGUAGGGUGACAGUGAGGGGGAAGAGAGAGAGAGAGUGAGUGACGGUGAGGGGGAAGAGAGAGAGAGUGUGAGUGACAGUGAGGGGGAAAAGAGAGAGAGUGAGAUAUUUCCUUUUGGGGCAUUUUAGCAUCUUUAUUUACAAGUUGGUUUAUAGACCACCAGACCAAUGAGGUAAAUGAAUGACAACAUUUGUAGGAGCCAAGUCAUUGAAUGUUUCCAUGUGUCUGUGUGUGUCCGGAUCUCACCUCUCUCUCUCUCUCACCUCUCCUCUCUCUCCCACCUCUCUCUCUCUCUCACCUCUCCUCUCUCCCACCUCUCCUCUCUCUCACCUCUCCUCUCUCUCACCUCUCCUCUCCCCCACCUCUCCUCUCCCCUCCCCCCAUCAGACCCAGUGAAGUCUGAGGGCCCGGGGCCGGGGGUGGGUCCUCUGAUGGCGCCAGAGAAAGACCCAGCGGUAGACGAUAAGGAGUUGAGGAAGACUCUGUGUCCCUACGCCGCCAUGGGGGAGUGUCGCUACGGACUCAACUGUGCCUAUCUCCAUGGUGACGUGUGUGACAUGUGCGGCCUGCAGGUGCUCCAUCCCUCCAACGACGCCCAGCGAUCAGAACACACCAAGGUAAUGGCCCUGUCGACACACACGCCCCGCGAUCAGAACACACCAAGGUAAUGGCCCUGUCGACACACACGCCCAGCGAUCAGAACACAUCAAGGUAAUGGCCCUGUCGACACACACGCCCAGCGAUCAGAACACACCAAGGUAAUGGCCCUGUCGACACACACGCCCAGCGAUCAGAACACACCAAGGUAAUGGCCCUGUCGACACACACACACACAGGCCCAGCGAUCAGAACACACCAAGGUAAUGGCCCUGUCGACACACACGCCCAGCGAUCAGAACACACCAAGGUAAUGGCCCUGUCGACACACACACACACGCCCAGCGAUCAGAACACACCAAGGUAAUGGCCCUGUCGACACACACACACACGCCCAGCGAUCAGAACACACCAAGGUAAUGGCCCUGUCGACACACACACACACGCCCAGCGAUCAGAACACACCAAGGUAAUGGCCCUGUUGACACACACACACGCCCAGCGAUCAGAACACACCAAGUAAUGGCCCUGUCGACACACACGCCCAGCGAUCAGAACACACCAAGGUAAUGGCCCUGUCGACACACACGCCCAGCGAUCAGAACACACCAAGGUAAUGGCCCUGUCGACACACACACCCAGCGAUCAGAACACACCAAGGUAAUGGCCCUGUCGACACACAGGCCCAGCGAUCAGAACACACCAAGGUAAUGGCCCUGUCGACACACACGCCCAGCGAUCAGAACACACCAAGGUAAUGGCCCUGUCGACACACACGCCCAGCGAUCAGAACACACCAAGGUAAUGGCCCUGUCGACACACACACAGGCCCAGCGAUCAGAACACACCAAGGUAAUGGCCCUGUUGACACACACACACACGCCCAGCGAUCAGAACACACCAAGGUAAUGGCCCUGUCGACACACACACCCAGCGAUCAGAACACACCAAGGUAAUGGCCCUGUCGACACACACACCCAGCGAUCAGAACACACCAAGGUAAUGGCCCUGUCGACACACACGCCCAGCGAUCAGAACACACCAAGGUAAUGGCCCUGUCGACACACACACACGCCCAGCGAUCAGAACACACCAAGGUAAUGGCCCUGUCGACACACACACGCCCAGCGAUCAGAACACACCAAGGUAAUGGCCCUGUCGACACACACACACGCCCAGCGAUCAGAACACACCAAGGUAAUGUCCCUGUCGACACACACACAGGCCCAGCGAUCAGAACACACCAAGGUAAUGGCCCUGUCGACACACACGCCCAGCGAUCAGAACACACCAAGGUAAUGGCCCUGUCGACACACACACACGCCCAGCGAUCAGAACACACCAAGGUAAUGGCCCUGUCGACACACACACACGCCCAGCGAUCAGAACACACCAAGGUAAUGGCCCUGUCGACACACAGGCCCAGCGAUCAGAACACACCAAGGUAAUGGCCCUGUCGACACACACACACACGCCCAGCGAUCAGAACACACCAAGGUAAUGGCCCCUGUCGACACACACGCCCAGCGAUCAGAACACACCAAGGUAAUGGCCCCUGUCGACACACACGCCCAGCGAUCAGAAACACCCCAAGGUAAUGGCCCCUGUCGACACACGCCCCAGCGAUCAGAACACACCAAGGUAAUGGCCCUGUCGACACACACGCCCAGCGAUCAGAACACACCAAGGUAAUGGCCCUGUCGACACACACGCCCAGCGAUCAGAACACACCAAGGUAAUGGCCCUGUCGACACACACGCCCAGCGAUCAGAACACACCAAGGUAAUGGCCCUGUCGACACACACACACAGGCCCAGCGAUCAGAACACACCAAGGUAAUGGCCCUGUCGACACACACGCCCAGCGAUCAGAAACACACCAAGGUAAUGGCCCUGUCGACACACACGCCCAGCGAUCAGAACACACCAAGGUAAUGGCCCUGUCGACACACACGCCCAGCGAUCAGAACACACCAAGGUAAUGGCCCUGUCGAAACACAGGCCCAGCGAUCAGAAACACACCAAGGUAAUGGACCCUGUCGACACACACACACAGGCCCCAGCGAUCAGAACACACCAAGGUAAUGGCCCUGUCGACACACACGCCCAGCGAUCAGAACACCGCCAAGGUAAUGGCCCUGUCGACACACACCGCCCAGCGAUCAGAACACGCCAAGGUAAUGGCCCUGUCGACACACACACACACGCCCAGCGAUCAGAACACACCAAGGUAAUGGCCCUGUCGACACAACAGGCCCAGCGAUCAGAACACACCAAGGUAAUGGCCCUGUCGACACACACCACACACCCAGCGAUCAGAACACACCAAGGUAAUGGCCCCCUGUCGACACACCACACACAGCCCAGCGAUCAGUAAACCACACCAAGGUAAUGGCCCUUGUCGACACACACACACAAGCCCCAGCGAUCAAACACACCAAGGUAAUGGCCCUGUCGACACACACGCCCAGCGAUCAGAACACGCCAAGGUAAUGGCCCUGUCGACACACACACACAGGCCCAGCGAUCAGAAACACACCAAGGUAAUGGCCCUGUCGACACACACACACAGGCCCAGCGAUCAGAACACACCAAGGUAAUGGCCCUGUCGACACACACACACAGGCCCAGCGAUCAGAACACACCAAGGUAAUGGCCCUGUCGACACACACACACAGGCCCAGCGAUCAGAACACACCAAGGUAAUGGCCCUGUCGACACACACGCCCAGCGAUCAGAACACACCAAGGUAAUGGCCCUGUCGACACACAGGCCCAGCGAUCAGAACACCCAAGGUAAUGGCCCUGUCGACACACACGCCCAGCGAUCAGAACACACCAAGGUAAUGGCCCUGUCGACACACAGGCCCAGCGAUCAGAACACACCAAGGUAAUGGCCCUGUCGACACACACGCCCAGCGAUCAGAACACACCAAGGUAAUGGCCCUGUCGACACACGCCCAGCGAUCAGAACACACCAAGGUAAUGGCCCUGUCGACACACACGCCCAGCGAUCAGAACACACCAAGGUAAUGGCCCUGUCGACACACACACCCAGCGAUCAGAACACACCAAGGUAAUGGCCCUGUCGACACACACACACGCCCAGCGAUCAGAACACACCAAGGUAAUGGCCCUGUCGACACACGCCCCAGCGAUCAGAACACACCAAGGUAAUGGCCCUGUCGACACACAGGCCCAGCGAUCAGAACACACCAAGGUAAUGGCCCUGUCGACACACACACACGCCCAGCGAUCAGAACACACCAAGGUAAUGGCCCUGUCGACACACACACACACGCCCAGCGAUCAGAACACACCAAGGUAAUGGCCCUGUCGACACACACGCCCAGCGAUCAGAACACACCAAGGUAAUGGCCCUGUCGACACACACACAGGCCCAGCGAUCAGAACACACCAAGGUAAUGGCCCUGUCGACACACACACACACGCCCAGCGAUCAGAACACACCAAGGUAAUGGCCCUGUCGACACACACGCCCAGCGAUCAGAACACACCAAGGUAAUGGCCCUGUCGACACACACGCCCAGCGAUCAGAACACACCAAGGUAAUGGCCCUGUCGACACACAUACACGCCCAGCGAUCAGAACACACCAAGGUCCAACAAAGAUACGGUCAUCCUAACACCUCACAGGUGGAGUGGUCUGAUUUAACAUCAGUAGGGGGUGUGGUACUCAGUCUCCUUGUUUUACUGUCAUAUACUGGAUUUAUACAAUACAAAGUAUCAGUGUUCCAGAAUUGAGACACUUAUUUCAUAAAACAAUGAUCAAGUCAUUGGAAAUGGUCAACUGCCCUGUGUGACGGUUUCCUGAUGUUGUUCAUAAAUGUGGAAGUUUCUGGUGGUUAACUUUAACUUGUUUUGGUGUCCCCUCAGGCUUCAUAAUGCAUUAUAGCGGUUAGCUACACCUGUAUUAUUCCCCUCAGGCUUCAUAAUGCAUUAUAGCGGUUAGCUACACCUGUAUUAUUCCCCUCAGGCUUCAUAAUGCAUUAUAGCGGUUAGCUACACCUGUAUUAUUCCCCUCAGGCUUCAUAAUGCAUUAUAGUGGUUAGCUACACCUGUAUUAUUCCCCUCAGGCUUCAUAAUGCAUUAUAGGGGUUAGCUACACCUGUAUUAUUCCCCUCAGGCUUCAUAAUGCAUUAUAGGGGUUAGCUACACCUGUAUUAUUCCCCUCAGGCUUCAUAAUGCAUUAUAGCGGUUAGCUACACCUUUAUUAUUCCCCUCAGGCUUCAUAAUGCAUUAUAGCGGUUAGCUACACCUGUAUUAUUCCCCUCAGGCUUCAUAAUGCAUUAUAGUGGUUAGCUACACCUGUAUUAUUCCCCUCAGGCUUCAUAAUGCAUUAUAGCGGUUAGCUACACCUGUAUUAUUCCCCUCAGGCUUGCAUGGAGGCCCAUGAGAAGGACAUGGAGAUCUCGUUUGCCAUCCAGCGCAGUAAGGACAUGCAGUGCGGUGUGUGCAUGGAGGUGGUGUUUGAGAAGGCCAACCCCAGCGAGAGACGAUUCGGCAUCCUGUCCAACUGCUGCCACUGCUACUGCCUCAAGUGCAUCCGCAAGUGGAGGAGCGCCAAGACGUUCGAGAGCAAGAUCAUCAAGUAAGGAACUGGAGUAGUCCUUUAGUAUCCUGAGGGGCCAAUUCAUUUAGCAGCGUGUAGUCAAAAAUACUAUGAACACAUGACAAUAAAUAUAGAGCAGAAAACCAAAGCAGUAAUACAGCAUUAUGUAGACUGGACUAUUACUACAGCUUAUUGAGGAAGAUGAUAGACUAUAUACUACUACAGCUUAUUGAGGAAGAUGAGACUAUAUACUACUACAGCUUAUUGAGGAAGAUGAUAGACUGUAUACUACUACAGCUUAUUGAGGAAGAUGAUAGACUAUAUACUACUACAGCUUAUUGAGGAAGAUGAGACUAUAUACUUCUACAGCUUAUUGAGGAAGAUGAGACUAUAUACUACUACAGCUUAUUGAGGAAGAUGAGACUAUAUACUUCUACAGCUUAUUGAGGAAGAUGAGACUAUAUACUACUACAGCUUAUUGAGGAAGAUGAGACUACAUACUACUACAGCUUAUUGAGGAAGAUGAUAGACUAUAUACUUCUACAGCUUAUUGAGGAAGAUGAUAGACUAUAUACUACUACAGCUUAUUGAGGAAGAUGAGACUAUAUACUACUACAGCUUAUUGAGGAAGAUGAUAGACUAUAUACUACUACAGCUUAUUGAGGAAGAUGAUAGACUAUAUACUACUACAGCUUAUUGAGGAAGAUGAGACUAUAUACUACUACAGCUUAUUGAGGAAGAUGAUAGACUAUAUACUACUACAGCUUAUUGAGGAAGAUGAGACUAUAUACUACUACAGCUUAUUGAGGAAGAUGAUAGACUAUAUACUACUACAGCUUAUUGAGGAAGAUGAUAGACUAUAUACUUCUACAGCUUUUGAGGAAGAUUAUAGCAGCUGACGUGAAGGACAGUUUACACCUGUCAGUUUGACAUGUAGGGAGCUGGUAUCUGCGCUCGCGUGCCCGAGCCGGACGAGUCCCCUCGCGUGCCCGAGCCGGACGAGUCCCCUCGCGUGCCCGAGACGGACGAGUCCCCUCGCGUGCCCGAGACGGACGAGUCCCCUCGCGUGUCGGAGACGGACGAGCUAUGGUCCCUGCUGUCAGACACAAGCUAUGUUUUUUCACUUGUUUUGACCUUAUCCAACUAAACCUCUCUCUUCCCAGGUCCUGUCCAGAGUGUCGGAUCACGUCCAACUUCGUCAUCCCCAGUGAGUACUGGGUGGAGGACAAGGAAGACAAGCAGAAACUGAUACAGAAAUACAAGGAUGGCAUGGGGUAAGCUAUGUACUGGUGGCAUGGGGUAAGCUAUGUACUGAUGGCAUGGGGUAAGCUAUGUACUGAUGGCAUGGGGUAAGCUAUGUACUGAUGGCAUGGGGUAAGCUAUGGACUGAUGGCAUGGGGUAAGCUAUGUACUGGUGGCAUGGGGUAAGCUAUGUACUGGUGGCAUGGGGUAAGCUAUGUACUGAUGGCAUGGGGUAAGCUAUGUACUGAUGGCAUGGGGUAAGCUAUGUACUGAUGGCAUGGGGUUAAAGUGACUGCAUAGAUAAUUAACGCUGAGUAGCAGGGGGGGGGUGUCAAUGUAAAUAGUCCGGGUGGCCAUUUUUGAUUAAUUGUUCAGCAGUCUUAUGGCUUGGGGGUAGAAGCUGUUGAGGAGCCGUUUGGACCUAGACUUGGCGCUCCGGUACCGCUUGCCCGUGCGGCAGCAGAGAGAACAGUUGACCGGUCUUACCAUGAGCCUUCUCAGGAGGAUGGAACACGUUGUGUAGAGGACACAGAUGGACUAGUCGGCUCUGUGUUUUAUCUGUAAUAAUCACUGUCCUCUGCUGACUGGGCCUGUCUCUCUGUCUGUGUCCCGCAGGACUAAAGCCUGUAUCUGUAAUAAUCACUGUCCUCUGCUGACUGGGCCUGUCUCUCUGUCUGUGUCCCGCAGGACUAAAGCCUGUAUCUGUAAUAAUCACUGUCCUCUGCUGACUGGGCCUGUCUCUCUGUCUGUGUCCCGCAGGACUAAAGCCUGUAUCUGUAAUAAUCACUGUCCUCUGCUGACUGGGCCUGUCUCUCUGUCUGUGUCCCGCAGGACUAAAGCCUGUAUCUGUAAUAAUCACUGUCCUCUGCUGACUGGGCCUGUCUCUCUGUCUGUGUCCCGCAGGACUAAAGCCUGUAUCUGUAAUAAUCACUGUCCUCUGCUGACUGGGCCUGUCUCUCUGUCUGUGUCCCGCAGGACUAAAGCCUGUAUCUGUAAUAAUCACUGUCCUCUGCUGACUGAGCCUGUCUCUCUGUCUGUGUCCCGCAGGACUAAAGCCUGUAUCUGUAAUAAUCACUGUCCUCUGCUGACUGGGCCUGUCUCUCUGUCUGUGUCCCGCAGGACUAAAGCCUGUAUCUGUAAUAAUCACUGUCCUCUGCUGACUGGGCCUGUCUCUCUGUCUGUGUCCCGCAGGACUAAAGCCUGUAUCUGUAAUAAUCACUGUCCUCUGCUGACUGAGCCUGUCUCUCUGUCUGUGUCCCGCAGGACUAAAGCCUGUAUCUGUAAUAAUCACUGUCCUCUGCUGACUGGGCCUGUCUCUCUGUCUGUGUCCCGCAGGACUAAAGCCUGUAUCUGUAAUAAUCACUGUCCUCUGCUGACUGGGCCUGUCUCUCUGUCUGUGUCCCGCAGGACUAAAGCCUGUAUCUGUAAUAAUCACUGUCCUCUGCUGACUGGGCCUGUCUCUCUGUCUGUGUCCCGCAGGACUAAAGCCUGUAUCUGUAAUAAUCACUGUCCUCUGCUGACUGGGCCUGUCUCUCUGUCUGUGUCCCGCAGGACUAAAGCCUGUAUCUGUAAUAAUCACUGUCCUCUGCUGACUGGGCCUGUCUCUCUGUCUGUGUCCCGCAGGACUAAAGCCUGUAUCUGUAAUAAUCACUGUCCUCUGCUGACUGGGCCUGUCUCUCUGUCUGUGUCCCGCAGGACUAAAGCCUGUAUCUGUAAUAAUCACUGUCCUCUGCUGACUGGGCCUGUCUCUCUGUCUGUGUCCCGCAGGACUAAAGCCUGUAUCUGUAAUAAUCACUGUCCUCUGCUGACUGGGCCUGUCUCUCUGUCUGUGUCCCGCAGGACUAAAGCCUGUAUCUGUAAUAAUCACUGUCCUCUGCUGACUGGGCCUGUCUCUCUGUCUGUGUCCCGCAGGACUAAAGCCUGUAUCUGUAAUAAUCACUGUCCUCUGCUGACUGGGCCUGUCUCUCUGUCUGUGUCCCGCAGGACUAAAGCCUGUAUCUGUAAUAAUCACUGUCCUCUGCUGACUGGGCCUGUCUCUCUGUCUGUGUCCCGCAGGACUAAAGCCUGUAUCUGUAAUAAUCACUGUCCUCUGCUGACUGGGCCUGUCUCUCUGUCUGUGUCCCGCAGGACUAAAGCCUGUAUCUGUAAUAAUCACUGUCCUCUGCUGACUGGGCCUGUCUCUCUGUCUGUGUCCCGCAGGACUAAAGCCUGUAUCUGUAAUAAUCACUGUCCUCUGCUGACUGGGCCUGUCUCUCUGUCUGUGUCCCGCAGGACUAAAGCCUGUAUCUGUAAUAAUCACUGUCCUCUGCUGACUGAGCCUGUCUUUCUGUCUGUGUCCCGCAGGACUAAAGCCUGUCGGUACUUCGACCAGGGUCGUGGCACCUGUCCGUUUGGCUCCAACUGCUUCUACAAACACGCCUUCCCUGACGGACGGCUGGAGGAGCCUCAGCCGCAGAGAAGACAGUCGGGUUCCAACGGCAGGAACAGGGUAAGGUGGAGCGGCGCUCCGACACACGUCCUUUCCGUCAGAAAUGGAUUGAGCCUGUUUUGACCCGGGGUUCAUACGUUAACAGACAACGAUCUGUCAUUUUGGACAUUUUUCAAAUGUUCCGGAAGUUUCUCAGCCAUAUUGUAACGCUUCCUGUUCUGCUUUCGUAAUACCAAAACUAAUUCCAGUUUUUAAUAGUACUGUUCUCCUCUCCCCUCCAGAACUCGAGGAGGACGCCCCUGUGGGAGCUGUUUGAAGAGCGGGAGAACAGCAGCGACUCCUUCGACAACGAGGACGAGGAGAUGGUGACCUUUGAACUGAGCGAGAUGCUCCUCAUGCUCCUCGCUGCAGGGACCGACGAAGACGUCACCGACUCGGAGGACGAAUGGGACUUGUUUCACGAAGAGCUGGACGAUAUCUACGAGAUUUACCUAUAGCACCACUCCUAGCUCUGACCUCUGACCCCUAACCACCCUUCUUCACCCUAUGCUACGCGCUAGAAUGGACUGUCUUGUGUGUUUGGGACAGUAGCUUCUCUCCCCUGGUUGUCAUGGCAGUGUCUUGAAGACAGGCCAUUCAUUAAUAAAUUAAUUACUAAAUGAAACGGAUUAAAAAGACUUAAGAGAGCAGGUGGGUGUGGGUGUAAACAUUUUCUAGAAACGUCCUGUCCUUGUGAAUCUAUCUAUCCGUGUCGGGUUCAUGUAAAAAUAACAAGAAAAAAAAUGCAAAAAAAAUUACAAACAUUUUGAAAAUAUCGCUAAUAAACGGUGGUGUUUAUUUGUGGACGUGGGUUUGACUUACCAUUUCAACCCAGGUGUUUUUAAGACUUUUUUUUUUUGGGAGGAUGAUGCGCCAACCAACUCUACACAACUACACUUCCUGGUGAUGUCAUGUCUGUGGUGGUCGUUGGGUAUCGUAGUCCUCUGGUCAUGCACUGAGUUGUAUUGGGCGGAGGGAGACAGCAGUCCUGUCCACUUCCUGUAUUCACAUGCACCCUCUUAUUGAGUCACUCUUUCCCUCCUCUCCCUCUCUCUCAGGGAGGGGGGACUCCCUC